AUGCGGACCAGUCCCACUCUGGCCAACGAAGGCACAAGCUCCUGGGGCCACCUGGACCGGGCAGCCCUGCCCUCCAAGGCGGCCCAGCCCACGCAGGCUCGACUGCGACACCCACGGAGCAACAAGUGGACACAUGACUUCCCAGACGGCCUCCCGGUGGCCGGAAGGUCUGCCACCCUCUGGAAUGUGACGCAGCCUGUCCGGCCCCGGGAGCCGGCCGUGCUCUGGGAGCUGCAAUCACCCUGCAUCUGCCACAGCCACCCUCGGGCCGGCGUCUCCUCCCCUCUGGGCCCCCAGCCCCAGACCAAGCUGCCCGUGACCACCCAGGAACGCCUGCUGGGGCCCAGGAAGAGGGGCCUGGUGUCUGUGCCCAGACAAGAAGUGGACGGCACAGAGGACCCGGCAGGAAGUGAGGUGUCCGGCGUCCGGCAAGGGCUUAAGGACCAGAGGAGGGUCCAGCCGGGCUGUGCCACAUCCUCCGGGGCUGUCUUGGGACAAGGGUCCCGAGUGGUGCAGAACCCGACCCUGGCCAGCACCCGCUGUCUGGAGUCCAGGUCCACCCAGAGCUUCCUCCAGGGCUUUGCUGGGACGGUGACGCCCGUGCUGGCCCCGGCCGGCUGUGAUAACACAUACUGGGGAGAGACACGGGUUUCUGGUCCCAGUUCCCCGCCUGGCCCUGGCUCCCCGACCGCUCCGGGCUCCCCGGCCCUCCCUGGCUCCCCCACCGCUCCGGGCUCCCCGGCCGCCCCUGGCUCCCCGACUCCCCCUGGCUCGCCAGCCCGCUCCUCUCUGGGCAGGAAGAUACAGAAGGAUGCCCUCUCAGCAGGUCAGCCGUCCAGCCUGGCAGCCUUGCAGGACAAGGUCCCCCGGAAGGACACCAUCUCUGAGCUCCAGUCAUGCCUGCAGCGGGCUCGGGUGCUGGAGGCGCGGGUCCAGGCGCUGAAGGCCAGCGCCCAGAAGGAUGCCGAGAGAUCCGGCCCGCCGGCGGCUGAGGGCCGUCCAGAGCAGCCAUGCGGCGAGCGGCUGCCCGCCUACCAGCGCUUCCAUGCCCUGGCCCAGCCCGGCCCUCCGGGGCUGGUGCUGCCCUACAAGUACCAGGUGCUGGCCGAGAUGUUCCGCAGCAUGGACACCAUCGUGGGCAUGCUCUGCAACCGCGCGGAGACCGCCACCUUCGCCAAGGUCAAGCAGGGCGUCCAGGACAUGACGCGCAAGCGCUUUGAGGAGCGCAACGUCGGCCAGAUCAAAACCGUGUAUCCCACGUGCUACCGCUUCCGCCAGGAGCGCAACGUCCCCACCUUCAAGGACGGCGUCAAGAGGUCCGAUUACCAGCUCACCGUCGAGCCGCUGCUAGACCAGGAGGCUGGCGGCGCAGCCCCCCAGCUCACGGCCUCGCGCCUCCUGCAGCGGCGGCAGGUCUUCAGGCAGCGGCUGCUCGAGCGAGCCAAGGAGCACCACAGGGCCUUCCUCGCCUCCCUGAGCCCCCCCAUGGAGGUGCCCGAUGACCAGCUGACCCGCUGGCACCCGCGCUUCAGUGUGGAUGAGGUGCCUGACAUCGAGCCGGCCGAGUUGCCCCAGCCGCCCACCACGGAGAAGCUCACCUCCGCCCAGGAGGUGCUGGCCCGGGCCCGCAGCCUGGUGUCACCCAGGAUGGAGAAGGCCUUGAGCCAGCUGGCCCUGCGCUCGGCUGAGCCCAGCAGCCCUGCCCUGCCCGCCACCCCGCCAGCCACCCCACCCACUACCCCAACCCACGCCCUGAAGGGGGUGUCCCAGGACCUGCUGGAGCGGGUCCGGGCCAAGGAGGCACAGAAGCAGUUGGCACAGAUGACGCGGCGCCCGGAGCAGGAGCUGCGGCUACAGAGGCUGGAGCGGCUGCCUGAGCUGGCCCGCGUGCUGCGCGGCGUCUUUGUGUCCGAGCGCAAGCCGGCGCUCACCAUGGCGGUGGCCUGUGCCCGGAUGGUGGGCAGCUACUGUGCCACCAUGAGCCCCGGGGAGAUGGAGAAGCACCUGCUGCUCCUGUGCGAGCUGCUGCCCGACUGGCUCAGCCUCCACCACGUUCGCUCCGACACCUACAUCAAGCUGGACAAGGCCGCCGACCUGGCCAGCGUCACCGCACGCCUGGCCCUCCGCGCCCGCGCCGAGGGGCUGUGA